AUGCCGAACGACCCAGAGGGUCGUAAGGGAAUUGACUCGUUCCGCAACUCACGCAUCCCGCAGGCCCGAUUCUUCGACCUUGACGCUAUCAAAGAUCAAGAUUCACCCUAUCCACACAUGCUUCCCACUUGUGAGACCUUUGCCGAGGCUAUGAGUGAGCUGGGGAUCCGUCGCGACGACUCGGUGGUGGUUUACGACACUGCCGACGUAGGAAUAUUCAGUGCCCCCCGUGUAGGCUGGACGCUGCGCGUAUUUGGCCAUGAUAAUGUGCACAUCCUCAACAACUAUCGUCUCUGGGUUAAAGAAGGUCUUCCGACCGAGAGCGGCGAGCCAGCAGUGGUGGAGAAGUCCAAGUACUCUGUUCCAACAUACGACUCGCGACUAGUGAUCUCCUUCCGGGAGAUGAAGGAGUUGGCAUUUGACUAUGGCAAAGAAGGUGCAGAGGAAAUAGAGAUCCUAGAUGCACGCUCCUAUGGUCGCUGGGCUGGAACCGACCCCGAGCCGCGGCCUGGCCUGUCAUCGGGCCAUAUCCCUGGCUCCAAGAGCCUGCCCUUCCAAGAACUGCUGGACCCUGAAACAAAAGCAUAUCUCCCUGCUGAAGACCUGCGAAAGGUCUUUGAGGCCCACAAGGUGGAUCCAAACCAAACAAUCAUCAGCUCGUGUGGCACUGGCGUGACUGCCUCCAUCAUUGAGACAGCCCUGAGUGAGGCAGAAUAUGGCGAUCCAAAUCUGCGUCGAGUAUAUGACGGCAGCUGGACUGAGUGGGCGCAACGAGUUAAGGAAUCGGAUGGCCUCAUCAAGAAGGUGAAGUCAUAG